AUGAUGAGUUCAUUGAUAGGUCAUGAGGAUCGUCUUGGCAAGAAGACGAAAAAAUCUGAAGAGAAGGCUUUCCAGAUGAAGGGAGAGUACUCUGGUCAGAAGUACAUCGGUGGUUUUGGAUCUGGUCGAGGAAGAGGCAGAUCUGGUGGUCACGCAGACCAUGGUAGAGGCAGAGGACGAGGUUCUUCUGAUAACUCAAGCAGUUCGAAUCUGUCGUACAACAGAGCACAAAAUCUGUUGAGUGUUGGACAAAUGGUGGAAAACAAUUGUUCUGUUUUAUUUGAGGGGAAUGUCUGUGUUAUCAAGGAUAACAUAUCUGGUCUCACGUUAGCAGUGUUGAGAAAGAUGUCAAACAAUCUUUACCCGUUAGAGAUGUCGUCUUUUGAAGCAAGUGCGCUGAUAGCAAAGUCCCUAGCUCACCUCAAUCCUGCAGUAGUAGUGGGUCAGACAGUAGUGAAGGAGGAGGCAAAUCUCAUAAGUUCAGAUCCUUGA